GCAUUUGUUAAAAAAGGCGCAAAAUACGCUUCUAAUACCAACAAAUCCAAAUUCUUUCCUAUAAAUUCCAAAAAACAACAACUCUCUUUCUUCAACCUUUGUUGUUGUUGUUGUUCUUCUUCUUUCUCUUGAAGGUUUUAGAUAUGGAUUCGUCUCACCCAUCGUCCCCACCGGAGCUUGAUCUUCACAGUCUCAGACCCAUCAAGGUGCUUGGAAAGGGAGCCAUGGGGACUGUAUUUCUCGUCCACGAUCGAAUUUCUGACGAGUCUGCUCAUUUCCCCUUUGCUCUUAAGGUCGUUGAGAAAUCCUCUUUUGCUUCCAAAGUCGACGCCGAGCGGCGAGCUCGUUGGGAGAUUCAGGUUCUUUCUCGUUUGUCUUUCCCUAAACCUCACCCUUUUCUUCCCGACAUUGUUGGUUCUUUCGAAUCCGAUGAGUUUUUGGGUUGGGCUGUUCCGUACUGUCCCGGGGGCGAUCUUAAUGUCUUGCGUUACCGUCAAUUGGACCGGGUUUUCUCUCCGGCUGUCAUUCGGUUUUAUUUGGCGGAGAUCGUUUGUGCGCUGGACCACCUUCAUAGUAUGGGUAUCGUCUACCGAGAUUUGAAGCCGGAGAAUGUGUUGAUUCAACAAUCGGGUCACGUUACUCUCACCGACUUCGAUCUCUCGCGUACUUUGACACGUAGAACAGUAAAAGACGUUGUCUCUCUUGAAAAUUCCGGUCAUGAGAAGCCGCCGAUCGCCGUAAGACGAAAACCGGGGCGGAACUUGACACGGUGGAUCAUGUCGACCUCUAACGUUAAAAACGGGUCAAAAAAGGCUAAAUCGGCUCGGGUUAGUCCGGUGAGUCGUCGGAAGUCGAGUUUCACCAAUGGCGAACGGUCGAAUUCGUUCGUCGGAACGGAGGAGUAUGUCUCACCGGAAAUUGUUCGAGGAGACGGACAUGAAUUCGCCGUCGAUUGGUGGGCUCUAGGGAUUCUCACAUACGAGAUGCUCUACGGGGCGACACCGUUCAAGGGGAAAAACCGGAAAGAGACGUUUCGAAACGUUUUGGUCAAAGCUCCGGAGUUGAUCGGAAAGCGAUCGGAUUUAACGGAUUUGAUCGAAAGGUUGCUCGUAAAGGACCCCACGAAGCGGUUGGGGUACGUACGAGGCGCGUGCGAAAUCAAAGAGCAUGCGUUCUUUAACGGUGUUAAGUGGGACCUACUAACGGAAGUCACGCGACCGCCCUUUUUACCUCAUCGUGAAGAAACGGAAUGGACGGGGAAUUUAACGCUCGGUUGUGAGAGUAUUACGGAAUACUUUCACAAACAAAGAUCACCGCCUUCGUUUCCACCGUCGCCGUCGUCAACUACACCGUCGACGUCUUUCAGUUGGCAGAAUGACAUGUCUUUGACAGAGUUCUAACCCACACGUGCGGGGGUUGCACGUGUAAGAGUUCAAUAUUCUUUAGCCUCUUUGUGUAAUUUUAAUGUACAUAAAUGGAAUAAUCCCACCCGGCAGUAGGUUAAUUGAGAAAAUUGACAAAGAUUAAUGUGUUGUUAAGGUAAUAAUAGGUAGGAUUAGUACUAUAAACUCGGGAUUAACUUGGUGACAAUUAAAUCAUUAAUGUUUCUUUUGUAAUUGAAUGGAAUAUCAAGCAGCGCUGGGGAGGCGUAUGCGUUUCUUUCCUUAUAAAAAGAACAAAGGGAAUCAAAUUCCUUCACCUUUC